AUGCUUGCGAUCCCAAACAUUCCUCCUAGCACAGCAGAUGGAGGUUUCAUUGCCGACACUAGUGCCGUCGCUGCACCACAAUCCCGUCUACCCACGCCAACUGAUACCAUGAUCGACUCACAAUCAAUUCAAGCUCAGGUUGAAGCACUCAUCACGUCAACGUCCAGCUCAGUCAUUGCAAAUUCCGCCAGCACACAGAAUGCAGCGACCCAGAAUGUGCCCCUGACCGCUUUCCCGACAGUGCCGACAACAGGGGCCCUGCCAAUACUUGCCGGAGCUCAGACUGAAGCGCCCAUAGCAAGCGUUGGUACAGCAGCAGCUGCCACGGCUCAAGCUCAAAGCAUACCUCAGCCGCAGGAAAUGACCGGCGCCGUGCCGGCGACGAAGACGACAACAACAACGACAGCACCUUCAAAUCUGGCCACAUCCGUCGAAGCUUCUCUCGUAACAGGGCCGAGCUUUCAAAACACGUUUGCACAGUAUCAGUUUCCGCAGAACUGCGACAGAGCCUUCAAAGAAGCAGCUCGUGCAACAUCUGAAGAGACUACGAGACUUGGAAGCGCAACACCGGCCUCUUCGACUGCCCUCCAUGCUCCUGCCAACAAUGCUAUAGUUGCUACAGUCAGCAAACAGGAAGCGAAGGCAGCAUCCAUGACACGAGAAGAGGAGGAGAAGGCUGCCGACGCAUUGAUAGCUGAGCUCGAUGCUCAGGAAGCUUCAGCACAAGCAUCGCAGACAGUUGCUCAGACAGAGCCACUCUCGGGAUCGGACUUGGUUGCAGCAGUUAAAGCUAUCGGACUGGAGGCUGACGCCGACUUUCUCGGCACAAGUGGUGGUAUGAGCGAGGAUCAACGCGCGCUGGCUGCUGCCAUUCAACGUCUGGGCGAUGCGCACGGCGAGGAAGCAGAGAAAGCGAUACAGCAAGCAGCGGCGGCGGCAGCGGCAGCGGCUGCAGCCAGAGCAUCUCAAGAGCUUGCAAGGGCGGCCGCAAAGGAGCAAGGAAACGCUGGAAGCUCACUGGCAAGUAGCUCACGCAGCGUUGGCGGCUCAUCGACACCAGCCUCGGCCGCCUCUCGAGCAACAUCAAGAUCAGGCUCAGGCCCAGUGAAGCGAUUCCCCUGUCCCAAGUGCGACAAGGCCUUUGCACGCGCCUACAAUCUCAACACACACCUCUCUACGCACGACCCUGACCCGAAUCGGUCUAAGCCAUUCGCUUGCCCAUAUCCGAGCUGCAAGUCUGAAGGUGGUCGUUCUUUCAGUCGAAAGCAUGAUCUUCAGCGCCACGUCGCUAGCAUCCACGAGAACGAGGCAGAGCCUGGCAUCCAUGGUGACCCAGAGGAAGUAGUCAAUGGCGACACGGGCGGUCUCGUCUCGCUGGGGUUGGGCACGCCAGGAAAGAAGUUUCGCUGUCACGGCUGCGGACGAUCGUUCGUUCGGAGAGAUGCAUGCAAUCGGCAUCAGUGCGAUGGCAAAGACAGUCCCUCGAAUCGCACUUCCACGUCACCUUCCGGCACACCUUUUGCCUCUUCAGUGUCACCAAGGCCCAACACUGCGCACGGCAUCAAUGGUGGUAGCCCUGUCAUAUUGCCUCCAGUACGAUCCACAGGUGCUGCGCCGAUGUACAUGGCAGCAGCAAGCUCAUAUGCAAGAGGAUCGACAUCAGGUUCAUCUUCGCCGGUUGGUUCAAAUGCAAGCAAACAGCCCUCCGGAAGCAGAUCCUCGAGCAGUCUGUCCAAAGAAGUGCAGGCGGUCGCAAAACAGCUGCAAGCUCGCGUCGAAGCACAAUCGCCUGGACUGCAAGUACAUGGUACUCAGCAGCGUCCUAUGGCACUGCUACCUGGAGGCGAGCGUCGCAAUUUCCCACUAUCCGCCAUCUCACUCUAUGCUUCGACAGGUUCGUCGGGCCUUCAUUCUAGCUCCAGCUCUUCUUCAGGCGGAAGCAAGGCUCAGAUCGCAAAAUGA